CGGACACCAAGAACACGGCAACUGCCGGCCUUCAGCCAUUUCCAUUGGAUUGGAUGGUAAAUGAGUGUGAAGGACCCGAACCCGAGCGUGCACGCACGGAAGAGCAUGUGCCGCUGGCCUGGUCACCAGGCAUCGAAAAGCCAUUGCAAGAGAUCGAGGUGCUGCUGCUUCUCGAUGAGUUCUUGUACCGGGGUGAGGUUCAUGACCUGACAAUAGCGCACCAAAGCUUCGAUCGCAUUGCUGCAUCUCUGGGAGCAGAGGAUCUCGAUGCCAUUGUUCCACCGUGCCUGGAGGUCUUGGAGUUUGCAAAUCGCUACAUCCGCAAUGACACCCUGCUUUGUCUACUGCACGUUUCCAUGGGAUGUAUGACCCCCGAUGCGCCUCUGGAAGAACGUGGUUUGGCGAUGCGGCGCCAUGCUGCCCUGCUAGCCAAGCACGAAGCUAUGCCGAUGCUGGUCAGAGCUCUCGAUCAUCUCCUGGGCCUGGGCACUGAAGAGCGAGACCAAGAGGACGGUGGCAUGUAUGAACGCGAGUUGCGGCUGAUUUUGAAUUGCAUUCUUUUGCAACUGCUUUUCAAUGAACAUGAUCCUGAAUUCGCUCAAUCCUUAGACAAGGGCUGUGGUCGGAUGGGCGCAUCCCUUCCGUCCUUGCUCUUGGACGCAGCGAUGACAUGCUUGGUAACAGAGAAAGUGUUACCCAUCAAAAAGAUUGUCCUUCUGUUGCUGCGGGUGCUGCAGCGCAUGCUCUCUAUCCCAGACAAGGUAUUGUAUCCUGUCUCUGAAAGGCGGCAAGGCGAGACGUUAGCCUGCCAGCGCCCUCGAGUCAUGGACUUUCAAGCGUUCACCUCUCUGCACCUUCACCGAAGGCAAAUACGAUCCAAGUAUGGCGGCAGUGGUUACCCUGCGGCGGUUGAGGAAGGUUUGAAGCUGGCAGCCCAGUACGAGGAUGAAUUCUUGGCAGCGUAUGCGUUCCACCCUAGCGAGUUGGAUUUCAUGAAGGAUUCCCCUGCCCUGAGGGAUGCAUACCUCAGAUACGAGGAACUUCGUGCAAUGCCUGGUUCACGCGGCUGUGGGCGGCUACUACCGCGUGCAGCUCGAAAAGCAAGACAGAACUUGCCCCGUCCUGGUGAACUGCUACCGGCUGUGUGCCCUGAAUCACUGGAAAGUCAUCAUGCUGGAGGCCUUGACAUGCCGAGUGCAUCAUCGAGAGAGUCUAGCCUCUCUGACUCAGUGCGAUCUCAACUAUCCGUGGCCUCCGCUGUGACAGAGGUGCCCUUGGAGUUCGACGUGGCAAGAGGAGAUUUAAAGGCCACGCCGGUUGCUAGAGGCGGUGACAAGCUGGACUCAGAUGAGUCCUCUGCAGCAAUUUGGCACAGGCUCUAUGCUUCAAUGUUGCCUCGCUUAACGGAGUUGGUGGUGCUUCUCCUACGGCUUUUGCUCACCUCUUGUUCCAAUGUGGACACCUACUCGGGCAUUGUGGACUUUGCUCGCGAGCGAAAGGCAGCCGAGCAUGCCCAGGCUCACGAGUUCAACGAGGCAGAGGCUCAAAGACAUAGGGAGAUAUUGGCAGCAGCUGUGGCAGGGGUGAUCUUGAUCCUCCUUAAGUCUGCACGCCGCUUUUCUUCGGAAGACUUUGCCUUUCUCUCACAGCUGCUGGCAGAAUCCAACGGUGCUUUGGUGGUGCUAAAGUACUUGAACCAGAAUCCAGACGUGUGCUCGGGCCAGGACACCAGCGGAGAGCCACUUCCACCAGUGUUACCAUGCCUUCAAGCUGCAAGCGCUGCUGGUCGACGCUUGCCCCUGUCCUCAUGCUUUUGGCAGGCCUGCGGGACUCUGCGUUUGGUGGAGGUGCUGUAUUUAGUUUGCCGAGACUGCCCAGAGCGAGUUCGUAAAUACCUCAUCCACUAUCGGGCGCCCUUUAUCUUGAAGCGUCUCAAUCGAGUGGAGAGCCCUCAUGCUCAACGGUUGGUGCUAAAGCUGCUGAAAAAGCAGGUGAGAUAUUUGCCACGCAAAUGGAAGCAGGCCAACAUGAAAGCAAUCAGUGCAAUGUAUUUGCAGGUCACGAUGUCUCCGUUGGAAGACUGGCUGCUAAACGAAAACUUGGCAGAACAAAGCAUGGAAGGUCCUUCCGCCAAGGCCCUCGAAUCAUUGGUCGUGAUUUCAGAGAGCAGGAGCUUGCGGCCAGCAUGGCCCGUGAGAUGAACCAGUCUGCAGACGGGUCUGCCCGGCAAAUCUUUGACGAUCCACCUCCUUCCUCAGAAGAAGGCUUAGGUUAUGUGCACGCAUUUCCUGAGUAUGAUCCGAGAAGGUGAGUGUCAGCGCUGAA